AUGACAGGCGUGAGAGUCUUGAUUUUUAAUGGCAGUUUUAGCUGUCCAAACCGCUCCGCUUUCGAACAUACAGCUUUGUACAGCCAAACAACGUUUAAGCAAUCCACUGCACUUUCGUUGAAAAAGCUUGUCGUCGAACCCCAAGCGAAGCAUAUAUGCGACUGUAUGGUUUUCAUUCGUAGACCUGACUUGGGUACAAUGGGUGGAUUCUUUCGAAUUCGACAAUUGGCUGUCCUAUCUAUAGUUCUAAUGACAUUUAUCUUUGUUUACAACGCUUAUAAUCUACAAGAUGCUCAUGGAAAAUCACUUAAUGCAAAAAAUUCGGAUAGUUUGAUACUUCACAACUUCAACGAACAAGAACUCGGAUUCAAAGUACUUGUGUCUGGACAAGAUACUGAUAGAGACAGAGAUACAAAGCCGGUUGGUACAGCUGCCUCCAGUUUGGAAGGACAGAGAUGUCGUAUACCAGAGCUAGAUAUCAAUGGUUCAGAGGUGAAGGAUUUCUUCUUCAAAUCAAAACCUCUCGAAUGUUUCAAGAACCCCAAAAAUUGGAUAUACAUAGACGACAAUAAUAAUGUACAGUACCUAGAGAACAGGAAAGAUGCAAAGUGCAGCGGUUAUUACGUCACACGAAAGAGCGACCAGGUGAACGAACAUACUCCUUUCGAUUCGUUACCUAGUGGCAAGCAAAUGCUGUCUGAUUUUGCCGCAGUAAAGUGUGUAGAUGACCCUCAUACUUGGAGUGGUAUAUUGAUGAGCGUUGUGAGACGACCUGAAAAAGAACUUCUGAAGCAGGACUCGAAACUCCACCCAGAUUCUUCAGGCUUGAGCGUCUACUUCUUAGGCUUUGAUUCGCUCAGCCAAAUGUCCUUUAGAAGAAAAAUGCCGAAAUCUGUUGAAGUUCUGACAAAGACGCUUGAUUCACUUAUUCUAAAUGGCUAUAACAUUGUUGGUGAUGGAACACCUCAAGCCUUUAUACCUAUACUCACAGCGUCAACCGAAGAGGAGCUUCCUUUGACAAGAAAGCGGUUCCGGAAUGCUAAUUAUGUCGAUGAUGUUUACCCGUUCAUUUGGUCAAAUUUUUCCUCGGCAGGAUAUGUAACAUUAUAUGGCGAGGAUGCAUUUGCUGUGGGUACCUUUACUUAUCGUUUGAAAGGAUUCCGAAACCAACCCACUGACCACUACCUCCGAACAGUUUUUAAAGAGCAUGAAAAGGCCGGAGGAGGAAAUUGUCUUGGUUCAGAGCCACUUCAUACGUCAUGGUUUCGUUAUUCUCGCAAAUUUAUGCAAGUGUACAAAGAUGUGCCACGUUUCCUUCUAAUGCACCAGGGGCUAUUGUCCCAUGACGAUAUAAAUUUAGUGGAAGUCGAGGAUGAAGAUCUCGCCGAUACGCUGUUAACUAUGCACAAGAAUGGAGAACUAGACGAUGCAGUAGUUAUUGUCAUGGCGGACCAUGGUCAUCGUUUCGCGAAGUUGCGGGAAACGCAUCAGGGCCAGUUGGAAGAACGGCUUCCAUUUUUUGCAAUCUCGUUACCUUAUAAAUUCCGUCAAACUGCACCUGGGAGGAAGAUGUACAUGAAUCUCAUGAAUAAUAAGGACAGACUCACAACACCUUUCGAUAUUCAUGCAACACUUAUGGAUAUCCUUCAUCUUCCGAACGACCUAACCACCAUGCAAGAUACGAAAAAGCGGUCUCUUUCCCUCUUCAGACCUAUUCCAGACGACCGUACUUGUGCACAGGCUGGUGUUGAUCCACACUGGUGCACUUGUCUCGAUUGGCAAGAUGCAACAGGGACACCAGAAGACAAGGAAGUGUCGCAGAAAUUGGCAUUAGCUGUUGUGAACGUCAUCAACAAACAGUUGAAGGAUGUGUUUCAUUUGUGUGCAAAGCUUUCUCUGAAGGAAUUAGUUGGAGCAAAAAAGUUAGUUCCAAAUGAGGGACUGCUGAAGUAUAAAAAUGUGAAGGACAAAGAUGGAUUUGUGCCAGAUUUGAGUGGAAACACAAAGGCAGCAUUCGCGCACUAUCAAAUCAAACUUCGCACUACACCUGGUGAUGCGAUAUAUGAGGUCACCUUAUUUUACGACUUCAUAAUGAAGGAUGUGCACAUUGAUUUAAGUUCGAUUAGUCACCCAAAUAAAUUCGGUGACAAGCCUCAUUGUAUUAUAAAUCAAAAUUAUUUUCUCGCAACUUUCUGCGUUUGCCAUGAUAAGGUCUGA